CCCUGCACCCGGCCCAAAAGCUUUGUGUUUUUACAGAUAUUAGACAUGUUUCUUGUUUAAGAAAAAAAAACUUAACGAAAACGUAGGAGAAUAAGAGAAACAUUUUUCCAAAAAAGAGAAAUCAUUGUGAUGAUUUUAUCUUAUUAGAAUGUUGGAUAAUAUAGUCUGCUUCAUUAAUCAUCAAGCAUGCUAUGCAUUUUCCAUUUUUAUAGGAUCUGUAUCUCAGUUAAGGUAAUACUGGUAAUUUUUGUACUGUAAUCAAAGAUGAAAAAUAUAGGCCAAAAUCAUAGACCUUGCAUAGAAGCUGGAUAAUGAAGACAACUAUGGAGAAAAACAUAGAUACACACACACGGACACACAUAUAUAUAAAGUAUACACACAUAUAUUUUUUAAAGGUUUAAAGCUUUUAAAGCAAAAGCCGGCCCCUCUUCUCUUCCAGAGUGGGAGGCCUCUCCGCUCUCUUAGAGUGGGUGGGGAGAGCGGUUGCCAUGGGCAGCUUUCCUUGUGAGUCACAGGGCCCUCUGGACACGCUGCUGUCUGGCCACGCCCCCUUGCCCUUUCAUCUUUCUCAUUGACCAAUGGGCUUGGAGCAUUAAGGCCACGCCCCUAUUCCGCAUUCUACUGGGGCCCUGGUUACGCCUCCUCUGGCUCAGUCACACAGCUGUCUGGUAGGUGACUGGAAGCAUUGAUCGGUGCUUACUGAGAUUUUGCUGCUGUGACCCCAACCCUUCCUCCCUCCCCAACCCUUCCUCCCUCCCCAACCUGCGAUGGCAGAAGAAACUCAACACAACAAAUUGGCUGCAGCCAAGAAAAAGUUAAAAGAAUACUGGCAGAAAAACAGCCCUAGAGUUCCAGCAGGAACGAACAGGAACCGAAAAACAAAUGGCAGUAUCCCUGAGACAGCCACUUCUGGUGGUUGCCAGCCACCUGGGGAUUCAGCGACAGGUUUCCACAGGGAAGGCCCUACAUCAUCUGCUACCCUGAAAGAUCUGGAGAGCCCGUGCCAAGAACGAGCAGUAGUCCUGGAUUCAACGUCCGUCAAAAUCAGUCGGCUGAAGAAAACCAUCAAAUCUUUGAAACAACAGAAGAAGCAAGUGGAACAUCAGCUGGAAGAAGAAAAGAAAGCAAACAACAACAGACAGAAAGCCGAAAGGGAGCUACAGGGUCAAAUCCAGACAUCGAUCAUACAGAAGGAAGAACUAAAUACAGACCUGUACCACAUGGAACGUUCUCUCAGAUACUUUGAAGAAGAGUCCAAGGACCUGGCUGUCCGCCUGCAACAUUCAAUGCAGUGUGAAGGAGAGUUAGAGAGGAUUCUCUCUGCUGUCAUCGCCACAGAGAAGAAGGCGGCAAACCAGUUGUCCAGCCGCAGCAAAGCACGUACGGAGUGGUGGUUAGAGCAGUCUGUGCGGGAGCAGGCACUACUGAAAGUGCAGCUGACACAGUUGAAGAAGUCAUUUGAACAAGUCCAAUUAGAAAAAGAUGAGUAUGCUGAUCGUAUAAAAGGAGAGAGGGCCCUGUGGCAGCAGAGGAUGAGAAAAAUGUCGCAGGAGGUUUACACACUGAAGACAGAGAAGGAGCAUUAUACUCAUCGGGUAGAGGAGCUGGAGAGGAGCUUGUCCGAACUUAAAAACCAGAUGGCUGAACCCUUGCCCCCAGAGCCCCCAGCAGUGCCCUCUGAGGUGGAGCUGCAGCACCUGAGGAAGGAACUAGAGAGAGUGGCAGGAGAGCUCCAGGCCCAGGUCAAAAACAAUCAGCACAUAAGUCUCCUGAACCGGCGACAAGAAGAGAGGAUUCGGGAGCAGGAAGAGAGGCUUCGGAAGCAGGAGGAGAGGCUUCAGGAGCAGCAUGAGAAGCUUCAGCAGCUGGCCAAGCCACAGAGCGUCUUUGAGGAGCCGAACAAUGAGAACAAGAGCGCACUGCAGUUGGAGCAGCAAGUAAAGGAGCUACAGGAGAAGCUUGGUGAGGUGAAGGAGACGGAGCGCCUGGAAGCUGCCAGCCAGCAGAACCAGCAGCUAACAGCCCAGCUGAGCCUCAUGGCUCUCCCUGGGGAAGGGCACGGAGGAGAACAUCUGGACAGUGAGGGGGAGGAGGCACCUCAGCCCGUGCCGAGUGUCCCAGAGGACCUGGAGAACAGGGAGGCCAUGGGCAGCUUUAUGGACCACCUGGAGGAGAAGGCAGACCUGAGUGAGCUGGUGAAGAAAAAAGAACUUUGCUUCAUCCACCACUGGCGAGAGAGAUGCCAUCAGAAAAUCCAUCACGUUUUAUCAGAACCAGGGGGCCGUGCCAAAGAUGCGGCACUGGGAGGAGGACACCAUCAGGCUGGAGCUCAGGGAGGAGAUGAAGGUGAAGCUGCUGGAGAUGCAGCAGAUGGUAUUGCGGCUUCCAGCAACUACAACAAUGGGCACAGAAAAUUCCUGGCCGCUGCCCAGAACCCUGCUGAUGAGCCCGGUCCAGGAGCCCCAGCCCCCCAGGAGCUUGGGGCUGCAGACAAGCAUGGUGAUCUUUGUGAGGUGAGCCUCACCUCCUCUGCCCAAGGAGAGGCCAGGGAGGAUCCUCUCCUUGACAAGCCUACUGCACAGCCGAUCGUGCAGGACCACCAGGAGCACCCAGGCUUGGGCAGCAACUGCUGUGUGCCGUUCUUUUGCUGGGCUUGGCUGCCAAGAAGAAGGAGAUAAACAUCACCAUCAUCAAAAAGCUGCUCAAGAAAUUUUUAAAUAGGAAACCAAGUUAUGGGGUUAAUCUCCUACACAAUUCAUUUACUUCCUUUGAAUGUUAGAGUCACUCAUGAUUAUUUGUGUUUCUAAUUUAUAGUUUAAGUUUAUUCGUAAAAAGUUAAAAGAGAGUGGGUCUCUGUGGCUCUCACUGAUGUUCA